AGACACCAACCACUUAGUGAAAUUGGUGACGAGAAUAUCUCUCAUUUUCUUUGGCCAUUUCUUAAACCCAAAAACGAUUUUAAAAUUGGUAGGCAUCUCUUUGCUUCUUUUAUUUCUUUCAAAUGGCCUCCUCAUAAAUCUAGUUUUAGUUGCAUCUUGCAGAGUCAGAAAUACUUCAGCGACAUCAUUUUUCGCAGCGAAGAUGGAAGACGAAUCCUCGUAUUACGACAGAACCAAGGAAGUGAAAGAGUUUGAUGAAACGAAAGCCGGAGUUAAGGGCCUUGUGGACUCAGGGAUCACAAAAGUCCCCAAGUUCCUCAUUCAUCCACCACAUAGCCUUUCAAAUUCAGAAACAACAAAUGUAGACUUCAAGGUUCCUGUCAUAGACUUUUACGGCUUUGAUCAAGAUUUCCGGCGAGCGCAGAUUGUGAAGGAGAUUUGUGAAGCAUCCGAAACGUGGGGGUUCUUUCAAAUGGUUAAUCAUGGAGUUCCAGAGAGAGUGAUUGAGAAUAUGUUGGAAGGGAUUCGAGGGUUUCAUGAGCAGCCGAAGGAGUUGAAGAUGGAGUGGUAUUCUCGUGACUCGAAACAUAGAGUGAGAUACUACUGCAAUGGAGAUCUGUUGGUGUCGAAAACAGCGAAUUGGAGAGACACGAUAGGGUUUGAUUUCCAGGACGGUCCAUUGGACCCCGAGACAUUUCCCUUCGUUUGCAGAGAGGCAGUGCAGGAGUACAUCGAUCACUUAAAGAACUUGAGGGAGAUGCUAUCAGGUUUGUUGUCCGAGGCCUUGGGGCUCAGCACUGACUACCUGGAAAACAUAGAGUGCAUGGAGACUGAAAAUCUGGUGUGCCAUUACUACCCGAGCUGUCCAGAACCGGAGCUGACCCUUGGCACAACCAAGCAUUCGGAUCCUUCCUCUUUAACUGUACUCUUGCAGGAUAAUCUCGGCGGCCUGCAAGUCCUCCAUCAAGGUCACUGGGUUGAUGUUCCUCCAACUCCUGGAGCUCUUGUGGCGAAUGUCGGUGAUCUUAUGCAACUUAUCACCAAUGACAAGUUCAGAAGCGUCGAGCAUAGAGUACUGGCUAGAAGAGUGGGGCCCAGGAUCUCAGCUGCAUGUUUUUUCUAUCCAAGUGCUACGCAAAGAUUCAAACCCUAUGGCCCCAUCAAGGAGUUUCUAUCGGACAACCUACCGAUAUACAGGGAAACACACUUUGGGGAGUAUCUUGCUUAUUACAGAUCAAAGGGGUUAGAUGGUAAUUCUGCCCUUUCUCAUUUUAAAUUAGCCUAAUUCAAAUAGGAAAUUGUUAUUAACACUCCAAAAAUACACUCAUCACAAGUGUGUGUAUAUAUUUUUAAUCAUAGAUAGUUUGGAGUGCAAAUUGAGAUUUUUAUUCACUUUAGUCCCUAUGAUUACAGUUUUAAGGAGUUUAUCUUUAUGGGUUUCUAGCAUUUUUUGGUGUGGUCUAAAUCUAUCUAGCAUUUUUAGUUUGAACCACAUUAUUGCUAGUCCAUUAUAAGGCUAAGCUCACUUCCCCCUAAUUUCCUUAGUAUAAAUAAUAUCGUAUGUUAAAAAAAUCUAUAUUUUUCAUUAUGUUGAUUGACAGAAGAGUGAAUCUUUAGUCAACCCCAAUCUU